AAGACCUGUGACGUGAAUUCGUCAUCAGGCCGGUGGUUAGAACUGCGCUCGACGUCUGGUGAUGUCUGACGGACCUCGGUGGCGGAACACAGGCACACAGGACAGGUGAGACAACAAAGGUUAUUCAGCGAAAUAACCGGGUCAAUUGACGUGGGUUAGGCUUAGCCGUAAUUAAGCAGAAAAGGGGUUAGGCUUAGCCGUAAUUAAGCAGAAAAGGGGUUAGGCUUAGCCGUAAUUAAGCAGAAAAGGGGUUAGGCUUAGCCGUAAUUAAGCAGAAAAGGGGUUAGGCUUAGCCGUAAUUAAGCGAAAUAUGAACAUGCAUGUAUUGUGUGAAUGACUGGACUAAGACUAUUAUAGAGGCUUAGAGUUGCUUUGGUCAGUCCAUUUCUUAUUUUGCCUGGUGGGAAAGAAAUACUGGUGAUUGAAGGAUCAAGGACGGGUUUCAUCCCUGAAAACCGAUACCGCUGCACGAACAGCGUGUAGUAGAAGGCCGUAUUGGUGUCCUCCCAUAUAUCUCGUACCAGUGAAUUUCCACCCAGGACCUGUGUAGUGCGGAGACGGGAAAGAAAAAAAAAUGGGAAAGAAUCAGAGUAAGAGGAUUGAACUAGAGGGAGAUGAGAAGUUUAUGGAAGGAUAUAAACCAGGUUCAGGACAAAUAAGUAAUCAGAGGUGGAGGAAAAAACAUGGGUUUGAAGGGAAACUCCACACUCCAGAUAUCUUAAAAUUACAAGGAAAUUUAAGACUAGAAAUGUUACAAACCUUGAAGAAAGGAAAAUUGGAGAAAAGGAAAAAAUAAUAUAAGUAUUCAGAUAAUUGGUUGGAACAAAGUAAGUUAAGAGAUGUACGUAGAAAGCAGAAAAAGGAUGAUAGAAAGGAUAAAUUAACUGCAGCCGCUCUAGUCACUUUAGAUGAUGAGACGGUGGCCAAAAUAAAACAUAGAGAAAAUAGACCACCAACACCACCACUAUUGCCUGCCCCCAUGCAACCCGUAGAUAGAAGGGAAAUAAAACAACCAUCAGCUAUGGGCACAAUACCAAAGAAGCCAUCAGCUCUUCCUUCUUCCCCCAUUAUAACUAGGAGUAGAGAUCCUACGUUAUACCCUGUGCGCGAUCUAGCUACUGCUAAGGUUCGAUGGCAUCCGCGAAAUGAAGGCAUUGAUAUUGAUAGUGAAGAGGAAGAAAUAGAAUUACAAUGCCCCCUAGUGGAGGUGGCAAACCCUAAUAGAGAGCCAGAUGGACGACCUGAAACAAUGUUAGUCUAUAGACCAUGGACAGCUGAAGAUAGAACGGCAGCAUUAAAGGGAAUACCUCCUGUUGAUGAAGGGGUACCAGAAUUUUGGACAGCAAUAUUGGAACUACAGAGCAGUUUCCACCUGAAUGGUAGAGAAAUGUUCCAAUGUUUAAGACAGCUGUUCAAUCAUAAAUGGGGAAAAGUAGCAGGAGACUUUACUGGUCAUGGACCAGACAAUCAACCACUUGCACAUAAUUCACAAGCUCUGCAACAGAGUAUGCAGCAAUUACAUGGAAGGAUAGAGACAGUGUUUAUGAGACGAGCAGAUUAUGGCAGAAUUGCACAAUGCAAGCAAAAAGAUGGAGAAGAGCCAGAGGAUUUUAUGGAUAGGAUGAGAGUGGUGUUUAGAGGGAAUUCAGGAAUUCCUUAUAAUGAGGAAAAUGGAGGAGUUUAUCAGCAACAGUUAAAACGUGCGUUCAUCACAGGGCUAAAACCUGAACUGAAGAGAUACAUAGAUAAACAUUGGGUACAUCAGAAUACUGGUUCAGUACAGCAAGCCCUAGAAUAUGCCCAACACGCCCAUACAGCACAAAAACAGAAAUCAGACGCAGUGUUUGCUGCUAAUGAUACUGUUGCAAUAAUACAUAUGAAUCCUCCGGGGAGGGGAGGGUUCAGAGGAAGGUCACGAGGCCGAGGAAGGGGGAGAGGUGCUUUUAGGAGCAAUCAGCGAAAUUUAUUACAGCAAGAUAACACUUGCUGGACAUGCGGAAAACUUGGGCACUUAGCUAGGCAAUGUAGAACCAAGUUUAUAAACAACCCAAAUUCCACAGAGAAUCAAUGACAAUUAGCCUGUGAACUAUCAAAAGAGCCAGAUAAGCUGCAAAAACAGGAUGAGACAGAAGAGAUAGAUUUGCAAGCAGUUUGCCAGCUGCUAGCACUAAAACAACUUGAAGAACUACCAAAACGAAGGCUUAUUAUAAAUGGGAAAAUAUAUGAGUGCCUAUGUGAUACCGGAGCCUGUAGAACAGUGUUAACCACUAGCCCUCCAAGGGUCACCUUUUCUUCGUCCUCCAUAAAUAUCCGAACUGCAGGAGGCCAAGCUGAAAGUCAUCAAUUGACAAAUCCAGUUAGCAUAAAAGAUGAGGAAACAGAGUUAGAAUGUCAUGCCCAAGUGCUAAUAAGCCAUUCAUGUCCAGUCAAUCUGUUAGGAAGGGAUCUUAUGAUACAAAUGGGUAUUAGUGUGAUUGCAACACCCACUGGCAUAAAGGCUAUAGUAGAAAAGCAAACUUUCGUGAUACAUGGCAUGUCAGCUCCACAGUAUUAUUGGUCCCUAGAUCUGGGGGGGACAGCACAGACACGUGAAAUAUUGAGAAAAACUAGAGAAAAGCAGUCCCCUAAACAAACCCAGUUCAUGCCUGGCGAUGCCUUACACGUCACUAUGUGGUACAAAGGCACCCCAGGACCAGAUUAUGCCUAUGACAAAACGUUUCAUGCCCUUCAAGACACUUGUAUCACCUUACA